UUUUUUUUUUUUUUUUUGAUAAACUGCAGAUAGAUAAUCGCCUUCUUCUUCCCGAGUCCGAAUCCGAACUUCUCCGUUUUGUGUAAAAAUUCAAUUCUUGAUAAACCUAGAAGAUCACCCAGUAGAUUCCUCCGCUUCCAAUUCCCCAAUUCGUGAUUAUAUCCAAAGCCCACUACAGUCUCUCUUCUAGAGAGAGAGAAGAGAGAUAAUUUGGGAGAAGCAGCAAAAAUGGCAGAAGAAUUACCUGAAGGUACGGUUCAGAAUCUACUGGAUCAAGAGACUCUUAAAUGGGUUUUUGUUGGAGGUAAAGGCGGUGUCGGCAAGACCACCUGCAGCUCCAUCCUCUCGAUUCUUCUUUCCCAGGUCAGAUCCUCUGUUUUGAUUAUCUCCACCGACCCGGCUCACAAUCUCAGCGAUGCAUUUCAGCAGAGAUUCACCAAGGCGCCCACCUUGGUCAAUGGCUUCUCCAAUCUCUAUGCGAUGGAGGUGGAUCCGACUGUGGAAAAUGAAGAAGUCGGCCCUGAGGGGAUGGAUGGUUUGUUUUCCGAGCUAGCUAAUGCCAUUCCUGGAAUUGAUGAGGCGAUGAGCUUUGCAGAGAUGCUGAAAUUAGUACAAACAAUGGAUUAUUCUGUUAUAGUAUUUGACACUGCUCCAACUGGCCACACGCUUCGGCUGUUGCAAUUUCCAUCAACCUUGGAGAAGGGUCUUGCUAAGAUAAUGUCUUUGAAAAGUAGAUUUGGAGGCUUACUGAAUCAGGUGUCCCGGAUGUUUGGUGUCGAUGAUGAGUUUGGUGAGGAUGCAAUUCUGGGAAGACUGGAAGGCAUGAGAGAUGUGAUUGAACAAGUUAAUAGGCAAUUCAAAGAUCCUGACUUGACUACAUUCGUUUGUGUCUGCAUUCCUGAGUUUCUCUCUCUUUACGAAACGGAGAGACUAGUUCAAGAACUCACCAAGUUUGAGAUUGAUACUCACAAUAUUAUCAUUAACCAAGUAAUUUAUGACGACGAAGAUGUCGAAUCCAAGUUACUGAAAGCAAGAAUGAGGAUGCAACAGAAAUACCUCGACCAAUUUUACAUGUUGUACGACGACUUCCACAUCACCAAGUUGCCAUUGCUGCCUCAAGAGGUGACUGGGGUUGAAGCUCUGAAGGAUUUUUCUGGUAAUUUUUGUACCCCAUAUCAACCCUCAACCAGUAGAGAUUCAGUGGAAGAAUUGGAGAGGAAGGUAUCAACAUUAAAGCAGCAGUUGGACGAUGCUGAAGCUGAUCUUGACAGAAUUAGAAAAGGGAAGCAAAAGGCUUAAGAGCAACAGCCUUUCAUUUUUCCAAGUUCCUGUUUUCUUUGCUUUUGUUUUUUAUUUAUAUUUUUUUUUGAGAGGACAAAUGCUGCUGCUUAAGAUUUUCUAUUAGCUUUAACUUACUAUUUGAGUAUUUUUGUUGUAUCAAUUUUCUGAUUAAUAUAGUUGUUCAUUUAUUA